UCUCCAUGGACACGGCUUCUCCUAGCAACCUGCCAGGCCUUGAGCAGAGCCGCUGGAGCGAUGGACACGGAGAGCCUCCUGUUGUCACUGGAGCUGGCGUCCGGUAGUGGGCAGGGCCUCAGCCCAGACCGUCGGGCCUCGCUGCUCACUUCCCUUAUGCUGGUUAAACGCGACUACCGCUUCGAUCGGGUUCUUUUCUGGGGCCGCAUCCUUGGCCUCGUCGCCGAUUACUACAUCGCGCAGGGCCUGAGCGAGGACCAGCUCGCACCGCGCAAGACCCUGUACAGCCUGAACUGCAUGGAGUGGAGCCUCCUGCCCCCUGCCACAGAGGAGAUGGAGAUGCAGACGUCUGUGGUGAAGGGCCGCUUCAUGGGGGACCCCUCACAUGAGUACGAACACACUGAGCUGCAGAAGGUGAAUGAAGGUGAAAACGUCUUUGAAGAAGAAGUAGUGGUCCAGAUCAAGGAAGAGACCCGCUUGGUGUCCAUCAUUGACCAGAUCGACAAGGCUGUGGCUGUCAUCCCCCGAGGAGCUCUCUUUAAGACCCCUUUUGGACCCAUCCACGUCAAUCGGACCUUUGAAGGACUGUCCUUGUCUGAAGCCAAGAAGCUCAGUUCCUACUUCCACUUCAGGGAGCCUGUGGAGCUAAAGAACAAGACCUUGCUUGAGAAGGCUGACCUGGACCCCUCCCUGGACUUCAUGGACUCCUUGGAGCAUGACAUCCCCAAAGGGUCCUGGAGCAUCCAGAUGGAGAGGGGCAACGCCCUGGUGGCACUGCGCAGCCUGCUGUGGCCAGGCCUCACCUUCUACCACGCUCCUCGCACCAAGAACUACGGCUACAUCUACGUGGGCACUGGCGAGAAGAACGUCGACCUGCCGUUCAUGCUGUAGGAGGGCUGCCGGGGGAGUCGGUAGAGUCUAAAUAGUAUUUUCACAAAGUCCAGUGAAU